UCUCCCACACACACCAACAAACGCACACAACGCUAGACAAUCUCGCGAAACAACAGAGCAACUCAACAGAGAGAGGGAGAGAGUGCGAGAAUCAUCAGCUGCUGCUUGAGAGGAGGAGCAGAUCAAUAUCCGGAAGCGGAGCAAGCGGACGGUCGAUUCAUUGGAGCUUCGCUCGUGUCCGAGAGCGGUUACUGAUCCAGUUUUCUUGUCUGUUUUUUGAGGAAUAAGGAGGCACUAUGAAUCCUGACAAGUUCACCCACAAGACGAAUGAGGGUCUUGCUGCAGCCCAUGAGCUGGCCAUGAGUGCCGGUCAUGCGCAAUUUACUCCUCUCCAUCUUGCCGUGGCUCUAAUCUCAGAUCCAGCUGGAAUUUUCAGCCAAGCGAUGAGCAAUGUUGGGGGUGAAGAAGCGGCGAAAGCGGCGGAGAGAGUGUUUAACCAAGCUUUGAAGAAGCUUCCUUGUCAGAGCCCGCCUCCUGAUGAGAUCCCUGCAAGCACUAGCCUAAUAAAAGCAAUUAGGCGUGCCCAAGCUGCUCAAAAGUCUCGUGGGGACAGCCACUUGGCUGUUGAUCAAUUGAUAAUUGGCCUUCUUGAGGAUUCACAAAUUGGGGAUCUGCUUAAGGAAGCAGGGGUUGCUACUGCAAGAGUGAAAUCGGAGCUCGAGAAGCUCCGUGGGAAAGAAGGGAAGAAGGUGGAGAGCGCUUCUGGUGACACCAACUUCCAAGCAUUGAAGACAUAUGGAAGGGAUUUAGUGGAGCAGGCUGGUAAGCUUGACCCGGUUAUUGGGCGGGAUGAGGAGAUAAGAAGGGUUGUAAGGAUCCUAUCAAGAAGGACUAAGAACAAUCCAGUUCUUAUUGGAGAGCCAGGCGUGGGCAAAACUGCCGUUGUGGAAGGUCUGGCUCAGAGAAUAGUGAAAGGUGACGUGCCUAGCAACCUUACGGAUGUUAGGCUUAUUGCGUUGGAUAUGGGUGCUUUGGUAGCCGGGGCGAAAUAUAGAGGAGAAUUUGAGGAGCGACUGAAGGCAGUCUUGAAAGAGGUUGAGGAGGCUGAAGGCAAAGUGAUCCUAUUUAUUGAUGAAAUUCAUCUUGUUCUCGGUGCUGGGCGUACCGAAGGAUCCAUGGAUGCGGCCAAUUUGUUUAAACCCAUGCUUGCCCGAGGACAACUGCGAUGUAUUGGGGCUACGACACUCGAGGAAUAUAGGAAAUAUGUAGAGAAAGAUGCGGCAUUUGAAAGAAGGUUCCAGCAGGUUUAUGUGGCAGAACCUAGUGUGCCUGAUACCAUAAGUAUCUUGAGAGGAUUGAAGGAGAGGUACGAAGGGCACCAUGGUGUUCGAAUUCAAGAUCGGGCUCUCAUUGUUGCUGCACAGCUGUCUAGUAGAUACAUAACUGGUCGUCAUUUGCCCGACAAAGCAAUUGAUUUAGUUGAUGAAGCUUGUGCAAAUGUGAGGGUUCAACUAGACAGCCAGCCAGAAGAGAUCGAUAAUCUGGAGAGGAAAAGAAUGCAACUAGAAAUUGAACUUCAUGCAUUAGAAAAAGAGAAGGAUAAAGCCAGUAAAGCUCGCCUUAUUGAGGUUCGUAAAGAGUUGGAUGACUUGAGGGACAAGCUUCAGCCACUGCUGAUGAAGUAUAGAAAAGAAAAAGAAAGGAUUGAUGAAAUCCGGCGACUUAAGCAGAAACGGGAAGAGCUCUUGAUCGCAUUGCAAGAGGCUGAAAGAAGGUAUGAUCUGGCAAGAGCUGCAGACUUGCGAUAUGGUGCAAUUCAAGAAGUGGAAGCAGCCAUUGCACAGCUGGAAGGAAAUACGGAGGAGAACUUAAUGUUGACCGAGACUGUUGGACCAGAACAUAUUGCCGAGGUUGUGAGCCGCUGGACUGGCAUUCCUGUCACGAGGCUCGGCCAGAACGAGAAAGAGAGGUUAGUUGGACUGGCUGAAAGGCUGCAUCAGAGAGUUGUGGGGCAAGAUCAAGCAGUCAGCGCUGUUGCAGAGGCUGUAUUGAGGUCGAGAGCUGGGUUAGGGAGGCCACAACAACCAACCGGGUCAUUCUUAUUCUUGGGUCCAACCGGUGUUGGCAAGACCGAGCUUGCCAAGGCCCUUGCCGAGCAGCUCUUUGAUGACGAAAAUCUUCUAAUCCGAAUUGAUAUGUCGGAGUACAUGGAGCAGCAUUCUGUGUCCAGAUUAAUUGGUGCACCUCCUGGCUAUGUUGGACACGAAGAAGGUGGACAACUAACCGAGGCAGUGAGGAGACGACCUUACAGUGUUGUGUUAUUCGAUGAAGUGGAGAAAGCGCACAUAGCUGUUUUCAAUACACUCCUCCAGGUUCUUGAUGAUGGCAGAUUAACUGAUGGCCAAGGCCGAACGGUUGACUUUAGGAAUACUGUAAUCAUCAUGACCUCGAACCUUGGAGCAGAGCACCUUCUAUCAGGCCUGAUGGGCAAAUGCUCGAUGCAAGUUGCCCGUGAUCGAGUCAUGCAGGAGGUGAGGAGGCACUUUAGGCCAGAGUUGCUGAAUCGGCUUGAUGAGAUUGUAGUGUUUGAUCCUCUCUCCCAUGAACAACUGAGGAAGGUGGCUAGACUACAGAUGAAGGAUGUUGCGAGUAGGUUGGCUGAAAGAGGCAUUGCUUUGGCUGUCACCGAUGCGGCUUUGGACUUAGUUCUAGCAGAGAGUUAUGAUCCGGUUUACGGUGCUCGGCCAAUCAGGAGGUGGCUUGAGAAGAAGGUGGUGACCGAGCUCUCGAGGAUGCUCGUGAGGGAGGAGAUAGACGAGAACUCGAACGUCUACAUCGACGCGGGGCCCAAUGGGCAAGAUCUCGCGUACCGUGUGGAGAAGAAUGGAGGAUUCGUGAAUGCCACCACCGGGCAGAAGUCGGACUUGCUGAUCGAAAUUCCAAACGGGCCGAGAAGUGAUGCUGCGCAGGCGGUGAAGAAGAUGAAGAUCGAAGAAAUUGAAGAAGAUGAUGAGAUGUAUGAGUGAAGGCUUCUAAAGUCUUGAGAGAGCUUUAGAUUCUCCGGCAACGCUUUAAUCUUGGUGGUUCUGAAAUAUGCGUUUUGCCUUAUCGUGAUGACCCCUUUUCUUGAUUUUCUAGAACUUGUAAAUCUGUUUGGGCGGUCACUGAUUGCAAUGUUUGGAAAUCAAUAAGUAUGUAAGAACUUGGAGAUUUUCCAUCUCCAAUUGUGUAAAGUCCGCAGUGUUUUGUGCAAGGACCGAUAUGGUUUUAAAUAAUGUUUGGUCUUUUUA